AUGGAUUUAUACAUUUCAGUGCGCAAAAAGGAAAGUAGAAACACAAAAGAAGCUGGGGACACAUUAUUAAAGAUCCAACGACAAUUCAAAAAAGUUGGGAAGAUCAAGAAAUUCAUAAAAGUCUGCCUGUACCGGUAUACGCUCCUGCGGGCUUAUUACUACAUGGUGAUAGGUGAAUUCAAGAAGGCCCUGAGACAAUUUAAUAAAUUCAAGACCUGUCGAAUUAAUAAAGAUAGCAAUCUGUUGAUUUCGUGGGCUGAUCACUGCAAGAACGCUUGGAUCAAUCCUACAGACACCUCUGAGACAUCCUGGGAAGAGACAUGUCUCAAAGGUGAAAACACCGAAAUAAUAAUCCACUACACGUUGCCUCUCUCCAAAAACAUUCUAGAAUCAUUCCGAAAAACGAAAUCAGCAGGAAAAGCCUAGAAUUAACUGACAAUCAAGUGGUUCUCGAGAACUGACUCAAUAAACUAACUUUUGUAUUUUA